CGCUUAUCACUCACCAAAAAAAAAAAGAAAAGACAACUUUGUAAAUGAUUUUCGUUACCCAUCGAAGCCAAAGCAAAUAGACCAGUUUCGUUUCCGAUUCCAUUAGCGUCUGCCCAGAAACUCGCCACUUUGCCUUAUUUACUAUUUACCAACGUGCACUUCAAAUAUUUGGGCUUCUGCUGAUAACCAAAAAAAAAAAAACAUAAAAUAAAAUAAACAAAAAAAAAAUGCCCACACACGACACUCGCAAGGUGCAAUAGGAGCAGCCCACACACCCACACCCACACACACACCCUCGCACGCAAUUGCCGCAAAAAUGAGCAGCUUGCGUCCUGCAAGUGUCUGCGAUACGACGCCGUUGCAACGCUUCGAAAGUCAAAGCAGCAGCGGCGAGGAGCCUUCAUCGCCAACAGCAGCGAGCAUCAUUGCCGCAACGCAACAACACCAGCAACAACAACAGCAGCAGCACCAUCAUCAACAGCAGCAGCAGCAGCAACAUCAUCACAACAAUAACAACAACAUUGGCAACAAUGUCAAAGUUGAUUUACAGCUGCCACCGUUUGUUGGGGGAGUGGUUGCCACACAAGCGAGUGUUGCCCCGCAACGCAAUCGCGGUACAGCUCACAUCUUUGGACGCAUCCUGAUCGACCUGAGCCUGCUCAGCUGCGUUGGUUUGACCAUGCUGGGUUUCUCGCUGUGGUUGGAGCCCUACAAGCGCGGCUUUUUCUGCAGUGAUCUCUCGCUAAAGCAUCCCUACAAAGAGUCCACCAUACGCAGCUGGAUGCUGUAUCUGAUGUGUGCAGCGUUGCCCGUCUCUAUGAUUUUGCUGGUUGAAUUCUACCGGGCGCAGGAUAAGCACAAGUAUCAGGCCAACUAUCACUGCCAGCGGGAGGGCAGCGGCUACUAUAUGUGCCACAUGGAGCUGCCACAUUGGCUGCUCGAAUGCUAUCGCAAAAUUGGCGCCUUUGUUUUUGGCCUGGGCCUGCAGCAGCUAACCACGGACAUUGCCAAAUAUGCCAUUGGACGUCUAAGGCCACAUUUCUUUGAUUCUGUCUCAUGCCUGCAGCUAUGUCAACCUGUGUUGCCCGACGGCACCAGUUGCAGUGAUGCGAUCAAUGCGAAUCGCUACAUUGAGAAUUUCACAUGCACAGCACUCAAUAUGAGUGCCAAGCGGCUGAAGGAUGUGCAAUUGUCGUUUCCCAGUGGUCAUGCCAGUUUCGCCUGCUAUUCCAUGGUCUAUUUGGUGAUUUACUUGCAGCGUCGCAUGCACUGGUCGCGCCACCGCAUGCUGCGCCACUUGUUGCAGUUUCUGCUGCUCAUGUUCGCCUGGUAUACGGCGCUCACCCGCAUCUCCGACUACAAGCAUCACUGGUCGGAUGUUGUGGCCGGUUCGGCCAUUGGACUCACCUAUGCCCUUGUCGUUACUUGGACACCUUGGUAACCAAACCGCCUUCGGUCUUCGUUUUAAAUUGAAGUUGUUUCAAUUGAGGCAUCGUCUUUACAUGUGCAACAAAACUAUAUUCAUAUUUUAGUGUUAACAACUAACUUUUACUAUCAUUGAACAUUGCUCAUAAAUUGUAUGUGUGUGUGUAUGUGUGUGUGCCUGUGUGUGUUGCUUGUGUG